AUGAACAGACUCCGAUGUCCAAUAGUCACCAAACCCGAUGGAUCCAAAGCCUUAGAAUUACAACUGGAUCUUAGCAACUACAAACCAGAAGAAAUCAACAUUAAAACCGCAGGAAAAGAAUUGUCUGUCCAUGCCAAACAUGAAGAGAAGACGGAAAAUUCCUCAGUUUACCAAGAAUUCACCAGAAAAUUCACCUUACCAGAAGGAGUAAACCCAGAGAAAGUGGAAUCAACUUUAUCGAAGGAUGGAAUUUUGACUAUUUCUGGACCAGCUGACAAUGCUUUGGAAGGACCAAAAGCAAUUCCCAUUGAACAUAAAUAG